ACAAACGUGCCAUAAAUUAAUUAAAUGCGUUUUUUAUUUGGAAAUAACUUGUAAUAUUAAUAACUUUAUAAUGCUUGUUUUAAGUUUUUCGAAUUUUUAUUUAAAAAUGUUUGUCAUUUAUAAACAAAUAAAUUAGAAGUAAAUGAAUUCGACACUCAGUUAACUUACUAACUUGAAUUUGAUUGAAGACAACUUGAAUUUGCACAAAAAAGAUAGGUUAGCUAGAACUACUAACUGUGUUACCUACCUGUUACCGUGUUAUGGAGACCACGCCCCAGCAACUGCCUAAUCUGAAAUUUAAAAGUUAAUUUGGAUAAAAGUAUGAAUCAAAAAUAUCUUCAAUAAAAAAUAAGCUAAAAAUAGCAACCAACAGACCAGCCUUGCAAUGGCUGUAAAAACAUCGUCAAAACGAACUUUAUUAACUUCACCAAAUGAUUCAAUGAUGGUUCCCAACAGGAUUUUCCCACCCCCAGCGAAAAAACUAAAACGAGACGUCACUAAUAAUACUGAACUGUCAAUCAUUGCAAGCGAUGCCUCUUCUAAUGUUAGUGAACCUGAAGUUAGUGAAAACUUUUCUGACUCUGGAUUAGCGUCUGAGUAUUGUAAUGAAGGGCUGGAGUCUAGCCUACAACAAAAGCCCACUAAUCUACAGACCAUUGCAAAUGAUGUUCCCGUCGUCUGUGAAGUUAGUGAAAUCUUUUCUCUCAACUAUGGAUUAGGACCAAAUCGUCAGUACAAUGAUUUAGAAUUGACGUCGGGGCCAAUCGUAGAUCAGUCCCAAGACUACCUAAAUUCUACUAACUACGAUGACCCAUUGAGUAAAUCACUACUCGAUUCAUCGUUGCUGAAUGUCAGUAACUUGGGCGCCGAUUUUCUCAAUAAUAUAAAUAUAGAAA